CAGCGCCGCCGAUCGCUCGGUGCGCGGCUCCCGGCACAGCCGCGCCGGCGUAGCGGGACGCGGGCGCUCCGUGAGAUAUUGAAGAAGAGUAAAAAGCCCCUCAAAGGUUUCGAAGGUUGAAUGUGAUCAGAAUGAAGAGCUUAAAAGCAAAGUUCAGGAAGAGUGACACCAACGAGUGGAAUAAGAAUGAUGAUCGGCUGCUUCAGGCGGUGGAGAAUGGAGACCCUGAGAAGGUGGCUUCACUGCUGGGUAAAAAGGGAGCCAGUGCCACCAAACAAGAUAGUGAGGGCAAAACUGCUUUUCACCUGGCAGCCGCGAAAGGGCAUGCAGAGUGCCUCAGGAUCAUGGUGACACAUGGUGCAGAUGUGACAGCCCAAGAUGGUGCAGGGCACAGUGCUUUACAUCUUGCAGCAAAGAACAGCCACCCUGAUUGCAUUAAGAGGUUACUUCAGAGUAAAUGCCCAGCUGACAGCACUGACAAUUCUGGGAAAACAGCUUUACAUUAUGCAGCUGCAUGUGGGUGUCUUCAGGCAGUUCAACUCCUGUGUGAGCACAAAUGUCCCAUUAACAUCAAAGAUAUGGAUGGGAACAUACCUCUGCUGCUUGCAGUACAAAACGGUCAUACAGAAGUCUGCAAAUGCCUUCUGGAUCAUGGAGCAGACAUCAACACCAGGGAUAAAAAUGGAAGAACUGCGUUGAUGACGGCUUGUGAAGCUAGUAGCCUUAACAUGGUGGAAGCUUUCCUCAGGAGAGGCGCAGAUGUCAGUUUAGUAGAUGUCUUUGGACAGAAUGCCCUGCAUUAUGCCAAACUCUCUGAGAAUACAGGGAUCCAGAAUCUCCUGUCAUCAAAGAUAUCGCAGGAUGUGGAGGCAAAGUCUCCAACAAAAGUGAAGCAGCAUGAUCAAGGCUCUAAAUUAAGUUCAGAAAGAAGUGGAACUCCAAAAAAACGCAAAGCCCCACCUCCUCCUAUCAGUCCUAUUCAGGUUAAUGAUUUGUCCUCUCCACACUCAUCAACUUCAACUCCCAUGACUGGAAAAGGGCACACUUUCUUUGCUGAUCAAGUGUGCAAGCAGGAAGAAUUCAGCUCCUUGCACAGUGAUAAUAAAGACAGACUGAGUGACAGCACAACAGGUGUUGAUAGUUUAUUGGAUGUGAGUUCUGAAGCUGACCAACAAGAUCUACUUCUGUUGAUGCAGGCAAAAAUUGCCUCUCUGACAUUGCACAAUAAGGAGCUGCAGGACAAAUUACAGGAAAGAACACCUAAAGAAGAGGAUUCAACUAUAGAAUCUUAUUCAAUCCAAACACAGUUUGAGCAAACAGCAGAGAGACAAAAUGAGUUCUUGGUGCAGGACUUGAAGCCUACAUUAAGUACCACUCAAAUCCCAGAAAAAAUGACAAGCCCCAGAGAAGUAAAAAUGAAGUACCUCCAGGAAGACUUACAGGAUGUGCAGAGAAAAUUAGAGAAUUCUGAAGGCAAAAGAAAACAUAUGGAAACUCAAGUUCAGUCUAGAGUCCCUGAAAAAGAUAAUUUAAAUAGCCCAGACAUUUCAGAAAAUGGUUCUGAUCUUAAUUUGAAGUUCCAAGAAACUCAAAACAGGCAUGAGGAAGCUGUGAAAGAGGUUUUGAAUGUACAGAGGCAAAAGAAGCCAGGUCUUGUUUCCUCUGAAAGUGAAGAAACCAGUUCUGAUCUGAGUAUGUUGAAGGUUACAUACGGAGAAGUUGAAGCACUUAAGCAAGAAUUGAAGAAAGCAUUGGAGGAAAGCGAAAGACAAAAAGAAAAAGUGAGAGAGCUGCAGAAAAAGUUUGAAGACAGAGAGCAGAAUGUGUCAGGCAAAUUGUCUGUGGAAGAGUGUGAGGAAAUGAAGAAUUCAUACUGUUCAGUUAUUGAUAACAUCAAUCAAGAGAAAGCAUUGCUGAUUGAGAGGUACAAGGAAGGGCAAGAGGAAAUUAAAAGACUACAGGACAAGCUGACAAAUCAGAUGCAGUUGGAAUCUAGUGCUGAAGCUGGACAAAGGAAAGAUGCGAUGCACAGAACGAUAGAUGAGCUCAACAGGCAACUUAAUGAAUUGUCUCAGUUGUACAAAGAAGCACAAACAGAGCUUGAAGAGUAUAGGAAGAAAAAAACUCUAGAUGAUAUAGUUUCAGACUACAUUCCUAGAGAUGAACAUGAGAAACUGUUGGAGGUAACAAAUUCUUUGAAAUACAAAGCAGAAAAUGAGUUAUCAGAAAUGAAAUCCCAGUACACAAAAGUAUUAGAUGAAGCAGAAGAACUCAAGCAACUGUUAGACACUCAGAAACAAAACUCUUUGCCAAUUACUGAACACCGUCAGGUAAUCAAUGCCCUCAGAAAUACCAUAAAGGAGAUGGAAGAAGAAAUAAAUGAGCUCAAACGACUGCUUAGCAACAAAGAAAGCGAAUUAAGAAACUUGGAAAAGGCGCUACUGGAAGAAAAAGCUGCAAUUAAUGAAGCCAUGGUACCCAAGGCCACGUAUGAAAAACUCCAGUCCUCACUAGAGGGUGAAGUUACUGUUUUGUCAUCCAGACUGAAGGAUGUAAUCCGAGAGAAGGAAAAUAUAUCCUUAGAUGCCGUGAAACUGAGAAAUGAAAUUUUGCACUUGAAAGAAGCAAAAGAAGGUAUGCAUACUUUGCUUGAAGCAAAGGAACGGGAGGUGACUGAUCUUCAGGACAAGUACCACCAAGUUCAAGAAGCUCUUAUUGAAAUGAAAAACUCAUCAAAACUAGAGGAAGAUAAAGACAAAAAGAUCAAUGAAAUGUCCAAGGAAAUUAGCAAAUUAAAAGAAGCAUUAAACAGCCUUUCUCAGCUUUCGUACUCAACCAGUGCCACCAAAAGACAAAGCCAGCAACUGGAGGUGUUACAGCAACAAGUGAAGCAGUUGCAAAACCAGCUGACUGUCCAGUCUUCAAAGCUGGAUUGA